AUGCUAAAAUAUGGAGAAGUGGCCUGGGCGCGGGCAGGUGAAGACUUCUCCCGCCUUCCGUCCACAUCCGCCCUGAAGGCCUUACACACGACCACAGAUCGGCUGACGUGGGUGCCUCUGCCACUUCCCCACAAGCUUGGUGCGGCGCUGGUUAUUGCUGCGCUGGUGAUUCUGGCUCCUAUUUCAUGUAAGUACACUGCAGCACGAUCUAAGAUGGCUGCGCAGGAGGCAGGCAGGCGGCUGGUGGCGCCCUUGGCACGGACGGCCAACUCCUACAGGUGCCAGAGCUGCCGGCACCUUGGAGCCCGGUCUUCUGUUGCGGCAGCACGAAUGGAAGCAGCAAUCCGCAUGCAGUAA